CGAACACGUGUGAUUGGCAGUGAGGUCGGGCUGGGCUUCCGCGGCCCGGGGGGGUGGUGGGAGACCCCAAGCGGCCGGACGACGGCGGCAGGAUGGAGCGGCCGGAGCAGGGCCUUGGGGAACCGGACUCCCACUCCCGCGCCAACGGCUGCAGCCUGAUGGGACAUGGGGCGCUGCGGAACGGAUACGUGCGGGGCCUGCUCGAGGCCGAGACCCAGAUUCAUCACAUUGCCCACAAUGGAGGAUUAUAUAAAAGACCCUUUAAUGAAGUUUUUGAGGAAACACCAAUGCUGGUUGCUGUGCUGACGUAUGUGGGCUACGGUGUCCUCACCCUCUUUGGGUAUCUGCGAGACUUUCUGCGACACUGGAAGAUCGAGAAGUGUCACCAUGCCUCAGAGAGAGAGGAACAGAAGGACUUUGUCCCAUUGUAUCAGGACUUUGAAAACUUCUACACAAGGAACCUUUACAUGCGCAUUCGAGACAGCUGGAACAGACCAAUCUGCAGUGUACCUGGGGCCAAAGUGGACAUGAUGGAGAGACUUUCCCAGGACUACAAUUGGACAUUUGUGUACACAGGGAGAGUGAUAAAAGACGUUAUUAACAUGGGUUCCUACAACUAUCUUGGAUUUGCUCAGAACACUGGAAUUUGCAAAGAAGCAGCAGCUAAAGUACUGACACAGUAUGGAGCUGGGGUAUGCAGCACUAGGCAGGAAAUGGGAAAUCUGGACAAGCAUGAGGAGCUGGAAAAACUAGUGGCCAGGUUCCUGGGUGUGGAGGCUGCAAUGACUUAUGGGAUGGGGUUUUCAACCAACUCAAUGAACAUUCCUGCUUUAGUUGGCAAGGGCUGCCUGAUACUGAGCGAUGAGCUGAAUCAUGCAUCACUAGUGCUUGGAGCAAGACUGUCAGGAGCAACUAUUCGAAUCUUCAAGCACAACAACAUGCAGAGCCUGGAGAAACUGCUCAAAGAUGCCAUUGUGCAUGGGCAACCUCGCACCCGCAGGCCCUGGAAAAAAAUCCUCAUCCUAGUGGAAGGAAUUUACAGCAUGGAGGGUUCCAUAGUCCGCCUACCUGAAGUGAUUGCCCUCAAGAAGAAGUACAAGUCAUACCUGUACCUGGACGAGGCUCACAGUAUAGGUGCCCUGGGUCUCACUGGCCGGGGCGUGGUGGAGUAUUUUGGACUUAACCCUGAGGAUGUAGAUGUUAUGAUGGGAACGUUCACCAAGGCCUUUGGAGCUGCUGGAGGAUACAUCGGAGGCAAGAAGGAGCUGAUUGACUACCUCCGUACGCAUUCUCAUAGUGCAGUGUAUGCCACGUCACUGUCAGCACCUGUUAUGGAGCAAAUCCUCACCUCCAUGAAGUGCAUUAUGGGUGAAGAUGGCACAACUUUUGGCAAGGAAUGUGUGCAGCAGUUGGCAGAGAACACCAGGUAUUUCAGGAGGCGGCUGAAGGAGAUGGGUUUUAUUAUCUAUGGAAACGAAGAUUCUCCAGUUGUGCCUUUGAUGCUGUACAUGCCAGCAAAAAUUGGUGCAUUUGGGCGUGAGAUGCUGAAGCGAAAGAUAGGUGUCGUGGUUGUGGGUUUCCCUGCCACCCCAAUCAUCGAAUCCAGAGCCAGAUUCUGUGUGUCUGCAGCUCAUACCAAAGAGAUGCUUGAUACUGUUUUAAAGGAAUUAGAUGAAAUUGGGGACCUCUUGCAACUGAAGUAUUCUCGUCACCGGUUGGUGCCUCUCUUGGACCGGCCAUUUGAUGAGACUACGUAUGAAGAAACAGAAGACUGAACUCCCUCCACAUGCCUUGGGGCAUUCCCACGAGAGACUCUGUGGCGCAGAGGCCACGCAGUCCUUGAACCACACACUUCUGACUGCUUAGCAUAAAAAGGACAUUUUUUUCACAAUACUGAAGUAGCCACAUCAUCUCUAAAUGGCAAUUUGUAAAUAGUAAAACAGCUUGAUUCUUGUGUCUUCAGGGUAGGGCCCUAGAGAGAUGCUUGGCUCUAUUUUUUUUCUUGUUGCUUUUUUAAUUAUUUAUUUGUCACUGUGAAAUCACAGUGACCCUAGUUGGCACAGAUGCCCCACGUACACUACUAGUCUCAGGAGUGCCAGCUGAAAUGUUAUGUCUGCAGCACGGCACUGUUGUGGUAGCACUUCCAAUUUCACUACUAGGCGUCUAACUUUGCCAGGGAGUGAUGGGCUGGCCAGUUUGUUCAAUGGAGAUCUCCUAGAGAAACUGUUGAUAACUUGUUUAAUCUAUUUAACAAGAUGCAUAAUCAACCAAAGCUUUUUCCUUUUGCAUUUACUUACGUUUAAAACUUGAGUUGUCUUUUUUUAAAUAAUAAACAUGUUGCUGACAUGUCACUGACAGAAACAUUGUUCCAAAAUGUUGGCUAGUUCCACCAGCCACAAGCAAGAGACCUCUCUGGACUUCAGCCUUUUUCCCCUAAUCUGGCUACCAGAUUGAUUCCUGGUGUGAUGCCAAGUAUUGUCAUUAUGGGGGGUGGGGUGAUGGAGAGCUUUUCUGAGUAGGAAAGAUCUUGCCACUGUUAAUUUCCUCAUAGCUCUAACUCAUGGCAUAGUCAGACCUCCAUUUCCGAAAAUGAAUCUAUUGUGGCUCACUUCCUCAUGUACGAGCAACUUUGCUUUGCUCAAGCUUAAGAGCUGUCCAGGUCUGUUAAAAGAUGAUCAGAUGAUUGACAGGUUAUAAAAAAAAUAUAUACUCAGAAUUAUAACUAAAACCCCCAAAUCUUUCUCUUCUACUGGAGAAAGCUCCCAUUUGCUAUCAGAACCGGAAUUGCAUGGUAAGAAGGGUAUAAUGAGCAGCUACAUUUAUUUGGGGCAGUUCUGCAAAAGAAAUCUUAGUGCACAGCAAUGCAGUUAACUCCAAUGUAGCGUGUUCAGAUUUGGUUGUCUGAGACUCUCAGUAUAUUUUGUGAAAUUGGUUUUGCAAAGAUUAGUGUCUUAAACAAAGCACUGAAGAGACUGCAAAGCCAAGAUCUACAAUUUGGUGUGGGGGUCCCUCUUAAACUUGGUCUGGUCAUGAUGCUCUUUGCAGGUGGCAGUGACCUUUAGAAUGAGAUUCUCAAUUUUCAAAUGGAAGCACAGUGUGGAUCAAGUCCAUCUGUCUGGUGCAGCAAAGCAAAAGAUAACUUUUUAAGUGUGAUUGUAGUUUUGUAACUUUUAUUCUGUGCCACUGACAGAAGUGGCACUCUUUGAUCACAAAGCCAAGCAGAUCUGCAGAUACUACGUGGUGGAUUAAAGCAGUAUCACCUUCUGUUUUAUAGAAACCCCAUUUUAUAACCUAGGCUAUGUCUACACUAGCACUUUUGUCGGUCAGGGGUGUGGAAAGAACACAUGGCUCGUGAGGGGUGGUUUUAAUUAUACUCACAGGAGAGCUCUCUCCUGUAGGCAUAGAGCGGCUACACGGGAGACCUUAAAGCGGUGCAGCUGUGCUGCUGUCAAGUCUGUAGUGUAGACAUAGACUUAUGCAUCUUGCCCCAUGCUGUAUAACUAACCCUCAGAAGCAAAUUGUCUCAAGUCUAAAAACAAUCAUUUUUGUUGAUUUGAAGUGCAGUAGUACAAAAUCAGAAGUUUUAAAAAUGUAAGUUGAAAUUAUGAAUUGAAAUAGCCACAGAUAAGUCCUUCAGUAUAUCAAAUCCACUGGAGAUGUUUUGUUUGCUGGAAUUGAUCAUCUAUCCAUACAAUAUGUCCACACCUCACAUGUGGUCAUGAUACACCUAGAAUAGUUUCCUUUAUUUCUUCAGUCAUGGAAUAAACUGCAAAGUCCUGGAAUGAUCUGAGUUUAUUUUGCCCCUUUGACCCUCUUCACCUGCACUCUGCCCAUUAAGUUUUCUCAGCCAGGACUGCUUGUAACAUUCCAAACCAAUGAGUAGCUCAGAUAGCUGCUGCUUUUUAAAAGGUCCUAUCAUAAAAAUAGCUGCUGGUUUUUUUCCCCUCUGCUCAAUGUGUCAGGAACCUGGAUAAGAUCAUCCCAAGAAUUCCGGAUCAAAGCUCCAGGCCUGGUCAAGUGAUACCUUUAAGGACUGAUUUCUGGCUCUGGUAGCUUGUAUGAAAUAAAGGCUGUAGGUCAGUGGGGACCUGGGAUUUUUGCGGCUUCUCAGGGCUGUACAGUGCACUUGUAUCCAACCCCAUGUGAUCAAGCUACUGAACCUUUACAAUUGUGAGGUGCUGACUCCCAGAAAACCUAUUUUAGGUUCUAAAAAUGUAAGUCCUAAUUUCUUUCCCUCUUCCUGUGCAUUUGGUCUCUCGAUGCUAAGGCAGUCUGGCUUUGUAGACAGAGGGUAAUGAAAAAUACUAUUACAUUACUUUAUUAAACUCCUUAAAGUAUUUCUAACACAGGUUUGCUGUUUUUUAAAAAAAAAAGUCUCAAAAUAGUUAAUGUGCAGUUGGGUUCUAUGACAGUUGUUUGGGAUGACCUGUGGUGAUAAUGCCAUUACACCAUGGUACACCAGCAUAUUAAAUACUGUAUCCAUUCCUAAGACUUGGCUCAAUCACACUCUGUCCAGCUAACAUUGUGAAACCACUUGAUUAAAUUUCAGUCUUGGAUUGCCCUGGGGUCUGUGCUGCAUCCUGUAUGGGAAGUGGGAUUUUUUUUUUCUGGUUCAGGAGGCCCAUGUUACUUCAGGAGGAUGUGUUUGGCCAAAGUCUGAUAACUAGAUAAAUUGCUUCUAAAAACAUGUUAAGAGCUUGAGAUUUGACACAUUGUGUUCAGGUAGUCGUGUUUUAAAAGCUAGGGAAAUCUUUCAAGGUCCAUUGAAAAUUUCAUCCCCAGAAAUGAAAGAGCAGGUCCCUGCUGCAUCAGACUAUGCUUGCCUUCAUGUGGAAACGGGAUGGCAGUGUACCCGGAGGCGGGGGGACAGUUGCAAAGCUUUCACCAGAAGUAAAAUUCAUGCCCUUUUUGUCCUUGCCAAAGUAGUAAAUGAAAGACACUCUUAGAGUGAAAUGAGAAGGAGAGAGGCUGCUUAGGAUGCAGACCUCAGGCCCUGCCAACUUUUAUGAGCAGCUUUAAUUGAAAAUUCUGUUUUUUUCCCUGCUUUUAUAUAAAGAGAUGCAUAGCUCCAAGACAGAAUUAAGGCUGGCCUUGUGCAGAGGGUUUCUCUCUGUACUGUUCCUUCACUGAAUUUUGACCCUUGUCAUGCAACUGCAUCUCUGGAGAACGGAGUUAAGGAAAAGAGAAGAAAGCUUACUUCCUGAGCUGGAGAGGACUUUAAAACACACACUGCUAGUGCUGAUGUCUGUUUUAUUAAACCUAAAGGGAUUUCCAGUCUUACACUCAGCUUUAGUAAAGGGAGGCCACUGUGCGCUAGUGAAGGAUGUGGUCCUUGCAUCCUGCUGGGGACUGGCCUUCCCCUACUGGGAGAUUUUUCUAGAGUUAAGGAGGCACCUGAAGUUCUCAUGAUCUGUAGUCACCAUUCUAUUUCUUUUAGUUCCUGUGGGAGAGAGGGGGCGGCUUAUGUUUUUGGUAUCAAAAUAUCCAGGAUUUGGUUUGUAUCAUAGGAGACAAGCAUUUGUACAAAGUCUCAGCGUGCACGCUAUUUUUUUAACACGGUUUGAUUUCUCUAUCUCUGAUGUGCACAUGUCUUUUUACUUCUGAGGAGCAACUUGAGAGGUUUUUUUUCCCCACUCUGGGCCCCUGCUGUUACUGGUAAAGAACACUUUGCUCCAAUCCAGAGCUCCCGGCCGUGAGCUGGUCCAAUUCCUUGUGGGGGUAAAAGCACUUUCUGCACCCUCCCUUAUUGCCUGUUGCAGUCAGUUAUCAGGGAUAGGUAGAAUGUUUCAGCAAGGGAAUUGCAGCAUUUUCCUCUUACACACCUAGAGAACAGAAAUACCCCUCACCGUCUGUCAUAAUUGCACCUGCCUGCCGAAAGCAGGCACGGGAAGUGUUCCAGUGAAACUAAUGCAGCCCAGUGCCAUUCAUGCGAGGGAAAUCUGGCUUCCUGAUCCAACAGUGGACAGUGAACAAAGAAAAGAUUACCGUCGCUUUCUCCUCUCUGCUGUAUGGAAGGCUUUUCCACAUGCUUUAGAGCAGUGAUCCUGAAAGUAAGAGUGCAGCUCCCACUGGGUUGAAGGGUCUGAGCCUUGCCUGCUCCAGACCUCCUGAAGCUCCAUAUAAAUGGAAAUGCUCCCUCCCAUCUGCUGGCCACCUUUAACUCCCUUCCCCCUUUGGAAAAGUGUUUGGCUUGUUGGGUAAACGGGGCAAGAGGAGAGGUUUUUUUUGGCCUCCAGGUAUUUACAGUCUAGGACUCCUACUGUCUAUUAGUGAGGUUAGUUAACAGAUCGUUCAAGUGAAGCAAAGGAGAGGGUGGGAGAAGAGACAUGGGGAGUCUGAUCACACAUAAGAGGGUGUCCUGCAGAGUUCUAAACUGCUACCAUGGCCACCUUUCUCUCUCUGCAGACAGUACGGCCUGUGGAGACGUGUUGCAGAAUGUAGUGCUCCAUCUUAACCACUAUAGUUAUACUCAGCUUUUGAGAACGUUGAAUGCUGGAACCUACAGUCUCCAUCAGUUGCACCUGUGUAUUGAAGAGUGAGGCAGCUGCAGACUGUUCCAUUUUAACAUAAGUUCAGCCUCAGGGUACCGGUAAAUCGCUAACGUGACUGUCAGGUGUAACGUUGGCUGUCCCAGGACUAGAGCUGGAACUGAAGUGGACCACCAUCAGGUGAGAGAAGCAGUCAGGUGUAGUCCAUUUAACUUGAAACCAUUUUUUAAACUCGGUUUUAAUUGUGGUGACUUGUACUCCUGCGAAGGUUCCCAGUCUUGCAAGCUGUUUUCCUGUCCGAAGGUUUUGUGUGUGGGGCUUGCACGCAUGGGAAAUGUCUGCCUGGGGGAAGUACUUUGGGGUUUAUCUCAUGUUAACGUGCUUUGUACCGAGCUUGGAGCUCUACUGUUCCGUCUGUGUCCCAAAAAAGAGUUGGGUGGGGGAGGAGGGAUGACUGGACUGCACAGUGCGUACUAUUAAAAGGCCUUAAACUGAUUUUUUUAUAUGAAGAAUUAAUAAACUGACUCUAAAGAAUACAAUAGAUCUUAACCCGCAGAUAUUCUGGACUCGUAAUUAACCAAUAGAGAAUGUUGUGUCUUGGGGGUGGGAGGGGUGGGUUUUCUUUGUGUUCAGCCCUGCCUAUCAGCAAGGUUUGUUUAAUAAGCAGAAGAGGCAUCUGUACACAAGGGUCAAGUGCAGUCAUUACAGCUCUGCAUCAAUGCUACUGCUUGGCAAGGUUUGGUGAUCUGCCCCUGGGGCUGCUGGAAGAGAGGAAGGAUUAGGGGGAGGCUGGGAGAGAGAGGUUUUAGCAUGCAGGAAGUUGUGGCAUCUAGCAACUUAAUUAUUUCUUCGCCUGUAGACAAGCAUGUGUGUCAAUGGAGCAGCAGGAUUGGGCCAGGGGUUGAUGCAGAUAGAAAUAUCGCUGACCAAAUGAAGUGUGCUGUAAACCAUACAGACACUGUAUGUGCCCACUGUUUGCCAAAUCUCACCCUGUUCAGCCAGUGUUUCUGCAGUCCCCUAACAGGGUGUAUUAAGCCAAAGGCAUUUCCAGUUUUUCAAUGUCACUCCAGAAGGGGGCUAAUAAAGGUCUGCAAGAGAGCAAAAUAACUAGCAUGGAGCCUGAGGCUUUAGGCUAGCUGCCCCAAAGCUAAUGGUGGCCCAUAUUUCCAUAGCCCUAGGGUUGAAUCACCACCCAGUCAAAGCUUUUGAAGUCUUACAUUGCACAGUGUUCCUUUGCCUCUGCAUUGCUAUAAUGUACAUAUAUAUAUUGGAUCUUUUGUAGAUAUGAAACAUUUUAAAUGACCUUUUUAAUGGGCUUCCCCAGAAUAUUUUGUGCCAGAUAUUUACUUUUUUUUACACUGUUGAGGAUGAACAUGAAGCUGGGUACUGUGUGGGCAGGGAGGGAGAAGAGAAGCAGAUGGUCCAUUGACUAUAAAAAGGGUAACAAUGCAUGUUAAAAACACUGGAGAAAAACAACUGCUUGGAAAAAAAUUGUUCAUAUAUAAUCUGUUCUACAUAAUAAAGAAUUCGGAAAAGG